AUGUCAUCAUCAACUUCUACCCCGAGCUACCCCGCCGACAUCAAGGUGCGGCCCGAGGUCCAGGCGUUCAUCUCCGACUUCUUCAAGUUAUCAGACACGCCCGGCCAGCACGACGAGUACGUCGACCGGUUUACCAAAGAUGCGACAUUCAUUCUCGCGUCGAAAGUGAGCAAGGGUACCGAUGAGAUCCGCGCCACGAGAGAAGGCAUGUGGUCUGCAGUAGCCUCGCGCAAGCACACCGUGCACCAGGUCUUCCCCUUCGGAAACGAUGCCACGGAGGUCAUGAUGUAUGGCAUUGUCGACCUGGGCCUGAAGGCGGGUGGAAACAUGCUGUCGGAGUGGGCAGCACACGCGAAGCUUGACUUCAGCGGAGACAAGGGCCGGUUGUCUUUCUAUCAAGUCUACCUGGAUACUGGGGCCAAGAAUCCCUACAAGAAGUGA